UUGCAUUUCGAAGGCCCAGGUGGAAGGAAGUCUUGACGGUGGUGGAUUAGUUCCUGACAGCAGCAGCAGGAGGGAAUGGUGGAAAGGGGUAUCAGACGAAAUAACAGGACCAUUUCCUAUCAAGACGGCCCAAUACAAAUAUUUUAUAGUAAGGAAAAAUCUUCAGCUUCUCAAGCCCUGCCAUUACAGCCAGUCAACUGCAUAGAGCUCCUCUAGUUGAGAUGAAGCCUAGAAGAAGUCCUGCCUGGCCCAUCACAGAGUCUAUGCCGCUACCUUAAGCUUUAGAGGAGAGGAAUGAUGAAAUUAGAUAAAAAAUAAAGUGGAAGAGUGGAGGACCGCACCCCCCAGCAUCCCCCAAAAGCAGCAUGGCAGGACUCCAGCUGGUCACCCCCGCCUCCAAUCCCAUGGGGCCUUUCUUUGGUCUCCCGUGGCAACAGGAGGCCAUCCACGACAACAUCUACACGCCUAGGAAAUAUCAGGUUGAACUUCUUGAAGCAGCUCUUGAACACAAUACUAUUGUCUGCUUAAAUACUGGCUCAGGGAAGACUUUUAUUGCAGUACUCCUAACUAAAGAGCUCUCCCACCAAAUCCGGGGAGAUUUAGUCGAACAGGGGAAGAGGACAGUUUUCCUGGUGAAUGCAGCAUCGUCUGUGAUUCAGCAAGCAGCUAGUGUUAGGACCCACUCUGAUCUCCAGGUUGGAGAAUACAUGUGUGUGGAGAAGACCUCAUCAUGGUCCAGGGAAAAGUGGAGCCAAGAAAUGAUUGAAAAUCAGGUGCUCGUUAUGACGUGCCAUAUCUUCCUGCAUGUGCUGAAGAGUGGAGUGCUGCCACUAUGGAAACUCAACCUGGUGGUGUUUGAUGAGUGUCACCUGGCAAUCACGGACCAUCCCUACCGGGAGAUAAUGAAGCUAUGUGAGGGCUGUCCGUGCAGCCCUCGGAUCCUGGGCCUCACUGCAUCAAUUUUGAAUGGUAAAUGUGACCCGUCUGAACUGGAACAGAAGAUCCAGAACUUGGAGCGGAUCCUGCGGAGCAAUGCAGAGACAGCUACUGACCUUGUUGUCCUUGACAGAUAUGCCUCCCAGCCCAGAGAGGUGGUACUGGACUGUGGACCCUACCUGGACAAGAGCGGCCUUUCAGAGCAUCUACUGAGCGAGCUGGACGAGGCUCUCCACUUCCUCAACGACUGCAACAUACCUGUGCCUCGAGAGGACAGAGACCCCACCUUCAUAUCCAAGCAGGUGCUGAGUGACUGUCGGGCGGUGCUGUUGGUGCUGGGACCGUGGUGUGCCGACAAGGUGGCUGGCAUCAUGGUGAGGGAGCUGCAGAAGUACAUCAAACACGAACAGGAAGAGAUCAACAGGAAGUUCCUGCUCUUCACCGACACCAUCCUGAGGAAGGUCCACGCCCUGUGUGAGGAACUCUUCUCCCCGGCCUCUCUGGACCUGAAGUUUGUGACCCCGAAGGUCAUCCGUCUCCUGGAGAUCCUCCAUGAGUACAAGCCCUUUGAGAGGCAACAGUUUGAGAGUGUGGAGUGGUACAACAACCGCAACGAGGACAACUACGUGUCGUGGAGUGACUCGGAAGACGAAGACGAGGAUGAGGAGGUGGAGGUGAAGGAGAAACCCGAGGCUAACUUCCCCUCGCCGUUCACCAACAUCCUGUGUGGGAUCAUCUUCGUAGAGAGGCGCUACACGGCCGUCGUCCUCAACCGGCUAAUAAAGGAGGCAGGGAAACAGGACCCGGAGCUGGCCUAUAUCAGCAGUAACUUCAUCACGGGACACAGCAUCGGAAAGAACCAGCCACGCAACAAGCAGAUGGAGGUGGAGUUCAGGAAACAGGAAGAGGUUCUGCGUAAGUUCCGUGCCCACGAGACCAACCUGCUCAUAGCGACCAGCAUUGUGGAGGAAGGGGUAGAUAUUCCCAAGUGUAACCUGGUGGUGAGGUUUGACCUGCCCACUGAGUACAGGUCCUACGUUCAGUCUAAAGGCCGAGCCAGAGCCCCUGUCUCCAACUACAUCAUGCUGGCUGAAAGUGAGAGGACCAAGACCUUCGAGGAAGACCUGAAGACCUACAAGGCCAUAGAGAAGAUCCUGAGAAACAAGUGUUCCAAGGCAGCGGGGGUCGGUGACUUUGAGGUGGAACCGGUGCAGGAUGAUGACAACAUCCUGCCUCCCUACGUGCUCCGCUCUGAGGAAGGAGGGCCCCGCGUCACCAUCAACACGGCUAUCGGACACAUCAACAGAUACUGUGCCCGUCUGCCCAGUGACCCGUUUACCCACCUGGCACCUAAGUGUAAGACCAAGGAGCUGAAGGAUGGGCGCUACCAGUCAACCCUCUACUUGCCCAUCAAUUCCCCUCUACGGGUGCCCGUCGCUGGGCCAAUCAUGAACUGUGCACGACUGGCAGAGAAGGCAGUGGCACUACUUUGUUGUGAAAAUCUUCACAAAAAAGGUGAGUUGGAUGACCACUUGAUGCCUGUGGGGAAAGAGACCGUGAAGUAUGAGGAGGAGCUGGAUCUCCAUGACGAGGAGGAGACCAGUGUUCCAGGCAGACCAGGAUCCACCAAGAGGAGGCAGUGCUACCCUAAAGCUAUACCAGAGUGUCUUCGGGACAGUUACCCUGUACCGGAGCAGUCUUACUACCUGUAUGUGAUUGGCAUGGUCCUCACCACCCCUCUGCCUGACGAACUCAACUUCCGCCGCAGGAAGCUCUACCCUCCAGAAGACACUACCAGGUGCUUCGGCAUCCUGACUGCCAAACCUAUACCUCGGAUCCCCCACUUUCCUGUGUACACGCGGUCUGGUGAGGUGACCAUCUCCAUGGAGCUCCAGAAGGCUGGGUUCACUCUGAGUGCUGUCCAGCUGGACCUGAUCACCAGACUACACCAGUACAUCUUCUCUCACAUCCUCCGCCUGGAGAAACCUGCUUUAGAGUUCAAUCCCACGCAGGCCGACUCGGCCUACUGCGUUCUACCUCUCAAUGUUGUUGAGGAUUCCAACACUCUAGAUUUGGAUUUUAAAUUCAUGGAGGACAUAGAGAAGUCUGAGGCUCGUGUUGGCAUUCCUACCACCCAGUACACCAAGCAGAACCCCUUCACCUUCAAACUGGAAGACUACCAGGACGCUGUCAUCAUUCCACGGUAUCGUAACUUUGACCAGCCUCACCGUUUCUACGUGGCUGACGUUUACACAGACCUCACACCUCUCAGCAGGUUCCCGUCACCGGAGUACCAGACGUUUGCUGAGUACUACAAAACCAAGUACAACCUGGACCUGUCCAACGUAAACCAGCCACUACUGGACGUAGACCACACCUCCUCACGCUUGAACCUGUUAACCCCUCGUCACCUGAACCAGAAGGGGAAAGCCCUGCCCCUCAGCAGUGCAGAGAAGAGGAAGGCCAAGUGGGAGAGUCUACAGAACAAACAGAUCCUGGUCCCAGAGCUGUGUGCCAUCCACCCCAUCCCAGCCUCUCUGUGGAGGAAGGCUGUAUGUCUCCCCAGUAUCCUGUAUCGCCUUCACUGUCUGCUCACAGCCGAGGAGCUGAGGGCCCAGACAGCCAGCGACGCUGGAGUAGGAGCCCAGACCCUGCCCUCUGACUUCAGGUAUCCAAACCUGGACUUUGGAUGGAAGAAGUCCAUCGAUAGCAAGUCAUUCAUCUGUCUGCAUGAUGAGGAUGAGGAAGAGGAGGAGGAAGAGGACAGCGGUGAUGAUAACUGUAAACAGCAGGGCCAGACUGUAGCCCCUGACCCUGGACUUGCUGCUGUUUCCCAGCAACCCUGUAGUGACUGUCAUGUCUCUUCUCGGCCUGAGGGGUGCGACGUCCACCAACGCCCCGAAGAUGACAGACCAGAGGACGAGGAGACCCGGCAGCCAGACUCUGCCUCCUGCACUAGCAUCCUCGCUAACGGCACUGCCCCCAUUGCCAAUGACAACGGUGACCACGGCGACCAUUCACACCUCCACGACGGACGUGACAACUGCCAAUGUCUCCCGGCUGGUUCUGGUUUUCCACUGGAGAACGAAAAAGAAGUAUCAACAACACAAACCACUACCUCAGUUCUUCCUGUGCAGCCCUCUCUUAGCAUCGAGAACCAGAAUCUAACCCCAACACCCCCCCAGCCCCAGCCAGGGACCCAGUCUCCACCCCCUUACCCCCAGCCAGGGACCCAGCCUCCACCCCCUCACCCCCAGGCAGGGACCCAGCCUCCACCCCCUCAGCCCGGGACCCAGCCUCCACCUCCUCCACCCUCUCAGCCCCUGCCAGGGACCCAGCCUCUACCCCCUCAGCCCCAGCCAGGGACCCAGCCUCCACCCCCUCAGCCCGGGACCCAGCCUCCACCUCCUCCACCCUCUCAGCCCCAGCCAGGGACCCAUCCUUUACCCCCUCAGCCCCAGCCAGGUACCCAGCCUCCCACCCCUCAGCCCCAGCCAGGUACCCAGCUUCCACCCCCUCAGCCCCAGCCAGGGACCCAGCCUCCACCCCUCAGCCCCAGGACCCAGCCUCCACCCCCUCAGCCCGGGACCCAGCCUCCACCUCCUCCACCCUCUCAGCCCCCCCCCCAGCACCAGCCAGGGACCCAGCCUCCACCCCCUCAUUCCCAGCCAGGGACCCAGCUUCCACCCCCCCAGCCCCAGCCUAGCGAUGAAUGUAGACCAGGGAGGACCUCAGAGCUCCGUGAGGGCGACGGACACCACGUGAAUCAAGCUACCUCAGACUGCUGCAGCCCAGCAACGAUGACGGGGCCCGCCGGCACAGCUCCCAUCACCACAACACCUUUACCUGACCCCUCAGAGACCCAGGAGAUCACCACCAGCAGCUCUGUAGUGGGGGAUACCCUUGGUCCCUGCUCCAAGACCCUGGGUCCCAACCCUGGGCUCAUCCUUCAGGCCCUGACCCUGUCCAACGCCAGUGACGGCUUCAACCUGGAGCGUCUGGAGAUGCUGGGAGACUCCUUCCUGAAGCACGCCAUCACCACCUACCUGUUCUGUACCUACCCCGAUGCACACGAGGGACGACUCUCCUACAUGAGGAGCAAGAAGGUGAGCAACUGUAACCUGUAUCGUCUGGGAAAGAAGAAAGGUCUGCCUUGCAGGAUGGUGGUGUCCAUCUUUGACCCACCGGUCAACUGGCUGCCUCCUGGCUACGUGGUCAACCAGGACAAGAGCAGCGAAGACAAAUGGGACGAGGAUGAGGCCAAAGAGGAGCUCCUGGCCAACGGUAGUGCUGGAGAGGAGUUGUGUGUGGAGGAACUAGGGGAGGAGGUUCUGGAGGAGGAUGAAGAUCUGAUGUGGAAGGAGCCUAAAGACGAGGUCAACGUGGAGGACGACCUGGAGUACUACCAGGAGCACAUCAAGUUCAUCGACAACAUGCUCAUUGGCUCCGGUGCCUUCGGCAAGAAGAUUUCCCUCGGUACCUUCCCCCCUGCCCCCGCCACCCCUGGCCCAAGUCCCAGCCCCUCCGCCCGUUCCUCCUCCCCUGCAGCCGAGCCCAGCUACGGGGAGUGGAAACCGCCCAAGAAACCUGGCCCGGUCCCCACCCCCCACUACCCCUCAGAGCCUAGCGGUAGUGGCUCAGCAGAUGAGUUUGACUACAGCUCGUGGGAUGCCAUGUGUUACCUGGACCCUAGCAAGGCAGGGGAGGAGGAUGAUUUCGUGGUGGGUUUCUGGAACCCGUCGGAGGAGAACUGUGGGGCGGAGUUGGGGAAACAGUCUAUCUCCUAUGACCUGCACACAGAGCAAUGCAUCGCUGACAAGAGCAUCGCUGACUGUGUGGAGGCAUUGCUGGGCUGCUACCUCACCAGCUGUGGGGAGAGGGCUGCUCAGAUGUUCCUCUGCUCACUGGGACUCAAGGUGUUACCAGUUGAGAGGAGGAGGCUGAAGGAGAAGGGCGGGGUCAUAGAGGUCGUGAACCUUGACCUCCAGUAUGGCUGGCUGAAGAUCCCACCCCGCUGCAUAUUUGACCACCCGGACGCCGAGCUCACCCUCAACCACCUCAUCUCCGGCUUUGAGAAUUUUGAGAGGAAGAUCAGCUACACCUUCCAGAACAAGGCCUACCUGUUGCAAGCCUUCACACACGCCUCCUACCAUUACAACACCAUUACUGAUUGUUACCAGCGACUAGAGUUUCUUGGCGAUGCAAUUUUAGACUACCUCAUAACGAAGCACCUUUAUGAAGACCCGCGCCAACACUCUCCUGGCGUGCUCACAGACCUGCGCUCGGCGUUGGUCAACAACACUAUCUUCGCCUCCCUGGCCGUCCAGUACGACUUCCACAAGUACUUCAAGGCUGUGUCGCCCGAGCUGUUUCAUGUCAUCGACGACUUUGUGCAAUUCCAGCUGGAGAAGAACGAAAUGCAAGGCAUGGACUCUGAGCUUCGGCGCUCAGAGGAAGACGAGGCGAAAGAGGAGGACAUUGAGGUCCCCAAGGCAAUGGGAGACAUAUUUGAGUCACUAGCCGGAGCAAUUUACAUGGAUAGCAGAAUGUCACUGGAGACAGUGUGGCAAGUGUAUUAUCCAAUGAUGAGGCCACUUAUAGAGAAAUUCUCGGCUAAUGUCCCUCGCUCUCCGGUGCGGGAGCUAUUGGAGAUGGAGCCUGAGACAGCCAAGUUCAGCCCUGCGGAGCGGACGUACGACGGGAAGGUCCGUGUGACAGUGGAGGUCGUGGGCAAGGGCAAGUUCAAAGGCGUGGGCCGCAGCUACCGGAUCGCCAAGUCUGCUGCCGCGCGCCGGGCCCUGCGCAGCCUCAAAGCCAACCAACCUCAGGUCCCAAACAACUGAGCUUCACACGCUAACUAGCUAGCUACAGAUGCUAGCUACUGAUGCUAGCAACUGACGCUAUCUACCUACAACUGUCGCUAGCCAGUAGCCAUUGAUGCUAGCUUGCUACUGAUGUUAGCUAGUCGCCACUGAUGCUAACUACUGACGCUAACCAGUAGCUACCAGUGCUAGCAACUGAUGCUAGCUACCAACACAGUGCAGCAUUAGUCCUGUAUCUUCAGCCCUCAAUGGCACAACCAAGGCAGCCAGGGAACGUUCUGUGGAGACAUGGGGAAGUCACAACGAGAGCUGAUCUAGUUGUAACGGAUUUCACAUUUUAUUUUACAUUUUUUGCAAACACAAUCUUUCCUUUCCUUCUGUUCUCUGCUUUGUGUAAUCACAAGAGUGCUUUAUUAACGUAUAGCAAAGUGUUAAAAAGAAGAAAAAAAGGUCAGGUGUUGCUUUGUUAAUUUCUCACUUUUUUUAUUUUUUUUUAUUUUACUUUUUGUUUGUUUAACCUUUGCUUUGUGUCAGUGAGAUGUUAGGCGUAUGCGUAUUAUGAGUAGUAUUAGAUUUGUACAUAGUUCAAAUCAAAGGUGUAAAUCUAAAAACGCUAUACUCCUCAGUCUGUGCACUAGUGCCAGUUUUAAAGCGGUUUUUAAAAUGCUAUUGCUAAGGAAAUGGCAAGCAGAGGCCAGACCACCAGUGAAGACGACCAGUGUGGCCCACCUCUGUCUGAACUCUGUCUUGAGAUGCUAUUCUUAGGAUGCGUCUAAAAUGGCACCCUAUCCCCUAUAUAGGACCCUAUGGCCCUGGUCAAAAGUAGUGGACUAUAUAGGGAAUAGGGUGCCAUUUGGGAUGUACCCUCAAUCAUUAUUGCACUUAUUCCAUUAGGGUCUGUUAUGUUCAGAAUUGUGUGGUCGGAUUGGACAACAAAAUCCUAUAUGUAACAAAAAUAUAUAUAUACAUUUAUGAUGAAAUAUAAAUAUUAUUUGCCUUACAUACUAAGGCCCUCCCUCGUAUCCUGAAAAAAAGAAUAGGAAUUCAACAUUCCCGCUUACUGUAAAUUUAAAAAAUAGUUUUUAAACAGCACUCGAGGAUGCAUGUUCGUGUAGCUUAUGUAUUAAUAACCAUGGCAACUGGAUGGCUUAUAUAAACAUUUAUAAAUCUAUCAAUAUAUCUAGAGGGAAAGAGAUAUUAAAUGUUUAUUAUUAUGACAUAAGUCGACAACUUUAGUCUCAAGUAAUGUCUUUUGAUACCAAGAUUGAUCAUCUUUAUUUUGUUGGUCAUUUUGUAAGACUCAGAGCACCUUUUGAGUACAGUCUUUAGGACACAGGUUGUUCUUCUUUUUCAACAGAAUCGUGGUUCACACAUCCCUUCACUUUACCAAAGCUAAUACAGAUGUGACUCUACAGGGUUGCACAUGUGAAGUCAGUUCCUAGGGAUAUGCACACCAGCCUUUUUGUUUCAUUAUUUACUUCAAACACAUUGUGACGUAGCGUCCACGUUAUGUGACUACAUAGCCUCUUAGACUAAAUGUCUUUUAUUUUCUCUCAAUAGUAUCAAUAAGCCCUCUUCACUUGAAUACCUCAGUUGAUUGCAUGCAUUUGUUUUUGGUGCUAUGUUUUGUGUUGUAUUAAGCUUGAAUUUCUCAUCCUUUUUGCACUGUAACUAUAAUACCUCUUUCUUUGACCUUUUUGAAAUCUGUCAGUUGGGUUGGUUGUCCUGUUCUAGCAGCCUUCAAGCUGUUGUGGUUCAGUUGCAUCGGUGUUUUCUUUGUUUUUCUUCUCUCCCUGCCCAAUUGAUUUAAUGCUUGAUGAUUUGGUGGGGUAAAUCCAGAGGGUAUUCUCAUUCUGCACAUACAUGGGCCUAAACGAAUGUCUUCCGCCUCUGUUGAGCAUCAGUCCUCUUCAAAGGAAGAAGACAUGAAUUGGCCAUGAUCAGAUGGAGGGGGCCUCCUGUACUGUAGCUUGUUGAAGUAAACCGAUUGCACUCUAUAUCUCUUACCGUGUGUGGCCAGCGCAGUCUUAGUGUAUGUCGAAGGCCUUUGCAAGACUACUUCGGAUUCAGCCUUUUACGAUUGUCACAUGUCACACUGUGCGAUGUUACCAAAUUAAAAUCUUGAUAUAAACCUUG